AGUCGGAUGCUUUUCCAGCAGUCGGCGGUGAUGAUUGUGUGUGCGAUUGCGACGCUUGCUGCGCUCGUGGUUGGUGACGUCGUGCUUGUUGGUGCACCAGGCGUGCUGCGCCGGGUCUCUUCCCAGGGCGUGUCAACAUCGGUGGCCUUCUCGCCGCCGCUCACGCCGGCGACGGCUGUCCCGGGCAAGGUUGGUCUCAAGCUCAACUCAAACGGGCUACUCAUCCCGAUUCCGGAGACCCACAUCAUCCUGGCUGGCUCGCUCAACACAGCCGGACAGAUGGAGACCACACUCGUGGCUGGCUCGGCAUCGCAGGCCGGAUUUGCUGAUGGCGUCGGCGCCGCGGCUCGGUUCAACCAGCCGACCCACGCGGUGUCGGGCCCAACCGACACCUUUUCGUGGCCGACUCGCUCAACAACGCCAUCCGCAAGAUUGUGCAGUCGACAAACACGUACACGGUGACGACACUGGCCGGCAACCCGGCCAAGACCGGGUGGCAGGACGGGACCGGAACCAAUGCGUGGUUUACCGGCCCGACCGCGCUCGCGUACUAUGACGCCGGUGCCACGCUCUUUGUGGCCGAUGCCCACAACUACGUCAUCCGCUCGGUCAACGUCAACACUGGAGUGGUGGUCACCGUGUCGGGCUCGCCCGCGGUCCAUGGCAAGGCCGACGGCGCUGGCACCACUGGCACGUACAUGCUCCCGUGGGAUCUUUCCAUUGUGCCGGUGGCGUCGGGCGCUACCCAGAUCACGCUCUGGGUCGGCGAUCUUGGCUCGAUUCGGCGGGUCACCAUCCCGACCGGCUCGGUCGGUGUGGCCAACUCGGGCACCGUUGCCACCGUCGCUGGCAACCCGGAUCUUUCAAACUACGGACCAGACGGGUCAGGCACUUCAGUCUUUGUUCGCCCGGGCGGCAUCGCGGUCAAGGACGGUUCGGCCGGCGCGGUAUUUGUGCAGGCCUGCUCGCAGGGCGCGGUUGUUCGCACAGUCUCCAAUGCCGGGGCAGUGACGACGCUUUCCGGCACUCAGACGACCAACGGCUGCACCGGAGCCGAGACGUUUGCUAUGACGGCGUCAACGCCAGCAGCGUUCCUCAACGGGACGAGCUCGUUCAUCACCACCGCCGGCGCGCUUGUGGGCCACGAUGAGACGUUCCCGGUCCAGGUCGAGACGGGCUGGGCCUUUACCGAGACGGGCAAUGGCAAGAUCAACUGGUACCUGCAGCAGGCAUGGCGUCGCCACUUUGACGGCCGUGCGACUGGCCUCGAGGGCCCGAUUGUCCAAUACCCGUGGUUUGUCAACGGCGACGGGUACACGCUCGGCGAACUCAACGCGGUGGCAUUCACCUUUGGCACCACAACUGCCAUCGGCGGGGCCAACACGUUCAAGGACCUGUUCAUCCGGAUUUACACCAAGCCGACCGGGACCAACGACUACACCUCGUGGUACCACUCGUCGUGGCUCAUUCCGAUGGCGUCGAUCUCGACCGGCUCGGGUGCGCUGGUCUCGCCGCAGGCGCCAAACGCGGUGGCGACUGCAUCGGACCUGCCCGGGCUCCUGGGCGGCUCCUCACCGCCACCGCCAGGCAGCCUCACCCACGAAGCCUCGUUCAACGCUGCGACCGGCAACGCCGUCCUCGCCGUCUCGCUUCAGACCGGGUCAGGCGAUCCGCCGUCCGACUUUGUCAUUGCCGGUUGGACCAUCACCUGGGACAACCGGCCGUACACGGUCUCGACGUCGACGGCGGCGCAGUCUCAGGGCAUCUCGCUCGACGGGCCGGCUACAACCUCGCGCUUUGUCGCCUCGCGCGCCAUCGCCACCGUCGAGCUCCUCUGCGGCAACUUUUACCCCUCCGGCGCCGACCUCACCCUCCCCCAGGGUGCACCUCAUCGGGCGGCUCGGUUGAGAAGCUCACCAUUCCGGAGGGUGUCGACUUUACCAUCGAUUCUGCGCCGCUUGACGUCGCCACCGACCUGGUGGUUACUGGUGCCACCAUCGACUGGCGCUUCGGUGGCACCAUCGGCGGCACGUUCACACUCGGCAACGCUGCCACCAUGAUUGUUCGCGAUGUCGACAUCACUGCCAAUCGGGUGGAGCUCGGCACCUCGGCCACAUACACCAUGUACCUUGCCAAGGACCAGCCGGCCGGCCUCACCGUCACCGCCGGCCUCAACCUUGGCUCGUCGGCCACGCUCC